AUGUUCUCUCGGCUCUUCAACGCUGGCACCGCCGCGAACCAGCCGCCGCCGCCCAAGGCGACGAGCCCUCUCAGCCCCACCGCCAAGCCCUUCACGAUGACGUCAUCAAACCCCUCCUCCAGCGCCGGCAGCAGCGAGGCGCCGCCGCUGCACUGCGACGAGCGCUGCGGCCAGAUCGUCCCCGAUCAGAUCUGCCCCGGGCAGAUCUAUGGCCAGAUCAUAGAUCUGCAGCGCCUCUUCCACGACCUGGCGGCCAGCGGCCAGAUGGCGCCGGAGCAGGUGGGCGCCUCACACCGCUAUCCGAUGCCGCCUUGGACUCGUGCGUGUGUCGCUCGCUGA